CGUUGAAUUCAAGAUCUUUUCAACUUGUCAUUUUCAUCACACCUUUUAAGUUCAGUUCAGCUAUGUCUGGUGUGUCAAUGGCUGUGACUGGUGAUACAAAUGAAACAGAUAAAAGACAACAACAUGGAAGCAUGACAAUGAUGGGUUCAUUACGUGUAAUAGAGUUACAACUUGUAGCUUUUGUAUUGGUUUUCUCAGCAAGUGGUCUUGUCUCACUUUUUGAUCUACUCUUUCCUGUCUUUGUCUCUAUCUAUCUAUUAGCACUUUCACGUUUUGUUUUUCCAUCAUACACUCAUGGAGUGUCCCAAACUAUUUUCCAUGGAAGCAAGGCUUUUCGAGUCUCUGUUAUUGUUGGAACAAUAUUGGGUUUGUUCUUGCCUCUGGCUUAUGUUUUGGGUGGAUUUGGUAGAGGAGAUAAACAUGCUGUGAGAUCUGCAAGUCCACACUUGUUUUUGAUAUCUUUUCAAAUACUCACUGAAAAUAUAAUAAGUGGGUUGUCAAUGUUUUCACCUCCUGUGAGAGCAUUGGGGCCUUUGAUGUAUACAGUGAGGAGGAUCUUUGUGGAUAUUAAUUGGAUACAUGAUGUCUGGCUCAACAUCAUUUUGCCACCAAAUGCACACAUAAAGGACAAGGCAUGGUACUGGUUUGGGAGGGUUCUGGCUGUAGCUAAUCUGGUUUAUUUCUCCAUCAAUCUCUUUGGAUUCUUGAUUCCAAGGUUCCUUCCAAGGGCUUUCAAGAGGUAUUUUCAAGAAAGGGAAGAGAUUUAUGCUAAGGCUGCUGAGGACAAACCACAUGUGCCAAAGAGGAAGACAAUAAAUUUAUGUCUUUAAUUUGCUCAACAUAUCUUGCUGUGUUCCCUUGAAAACUAAGAUGUGUUUAUGGUAGCAUAAAAGACAAAUAGAUAGCACUUUUAUGUUAGUAGUGAAGCUUUAAGAGAGAUGCAUAUGUUAAUAUUGUUAGUUGUGAUAUUAAUGACAAUUUUAUUUUGUUUUGGAUGCAA